UCCCAUAAUGUCUGAGGAAAGAGAUUUAAUUAAGAAGCGAGGAAGCUUCAAAGGUCGUUUGACUGCUUUUAUAAAUUAUCUUGAUCAGCUGAGCGAUAAAUUAUCGAGUAGUUGUGAUGUCACUGAACUACAGCUGCGUAUUGGGAAGAUGGAGUCAUUAUACGAGCAAUACGAUGAGGUACAGUUGCGUCUAGAAUGCAUAACCGAUGACGUUAAAGUACAGUUUGCUGAACGUUCAGAUUUUGAGUCGUCGUAUUAUAAGACGCUCUCUAGAGCACAAACGUUAUUAAGCAAUUUUAAUAAAGAUUCUCAAUCUAGUAAUAGUGAUAAAUGUACUCAUAGCAAUACACAUAAACCAGUUAAGUUACCUACUAUACAGUUACCGAAAUUCAGUGGUUCUUACAACAAUUGGUUGGAAUUUCAUGACACUUUCACUAGUCUUAUUCACAAUAACGAUGAUAUUGACGAAGUAAACAAGUUUCACUAUUUACGAGCUUCUCUGGAUGAGUCUGCUGCCGUGGUUAUUAAAUCUGUUGAAUUCUCUGCCAGUAAUUAUUCUGUAGCUUGGAAGUUAUUAUGCGACCGAUUUAGUAAUAAGCGUUUACUGGUGCAGAAUCAUGUGUCGGCAUUAUUUAAUAUUGAAAUGAUUCAUAAAGAGUCUUCGUCUAUUUUGAAGGGUUUAAUAGAUCAAUUAAAUAAAAACUUGCGAGCUCUUGAGACUUUAGGUGAACCAGUUAAGUAUUGGGAUACUCUUAUAAUUUAUAUAGUUACCCGCAAGCUUGAUAAUAAGACGUAUCGAGAGUGGGAGGAAUUUAAGGGUCGUCUGGAUAAGGAUUACACUAUAACAUUCAAUCAAUUUGUGCAGUUCUUACGCGCUCGAGCUGAUUUAAUAGAAACGUUAGAAUUGUCACGUAAUCAGUCUCAGGCUACAUCUAACUUACGUCCUAAAAUUAAAGCUAUGGUAAGUACACCAGCUCCUCGCAGUUCUGACAUGGAAUCAGCACAGAAGACAUGUCCCAAGUGCAAAGGUGACCAUAAUUUAAUAAAUUGCCCGCAGUUCCUCGCACUAAGUAACGACGCACGUCUCAAAUUAUUACCAUCAUAUAAGGUGUGCUUUAAUUGUUUAAAACCCGGUCAUUUUGCGAAUCGUUGUAAGAAGCAAGGUUGCAAGGUAUGUAAACGUAGACAUAAUACACUGUUACACACUUCGGAUAAUAGAAAUACUUUAAAUAAUAGUAAUGAAACCCAGAAUAACACUACUUAUUCGAAUAAUAAUUCAAUUUCUCCAUCUACGUCAGCCACCUGUGACUUAAAUAACGUAACGUUGUCAGCAAGCGUUGCCUUGCAGUGUGCUGAGCGUAAGCAAAGCGACGUGCUUUUGUCCACCGCUUUAAUCAAAGUGUACGAUAGCAAAAAUCGUGCGCAUGUAGUUCGCGCAGUACUUGAUAGCGGUAGUACGUCUUGUUUCAUGAGAGAAAGUUUAUGUAAUUUGUUAAAUCUUUCGUUGACUCAGGUUGACAGAAUGAUUGGCGGAAUAAAUAACGUAUCUUCGCACGUGGGCAAAAUGUGUCGCGUACAUAUGACGUCAUUAAAUGAUAAUUUUUCUUGCAAAAUGCAGUGUUUCGUUUUGCCAUUUAUUACAAAUAUUUUACCGUGCCGUGAAAUUGAUAUUACUAGUUUGAAUAUUCCAUCUGAUAUAUGUUUAGCCGAUCCCACCUUUUAUAAGCCGAGUGAAGUAGACAUUUUAAUUGGCGCUGAUAUCUUUUGGGACUUGUUAGGAUCGCAAAGAAUUAAAUUAGGCUCUGGUAAACCAGUACUUUGCGAGACUAGACUAGGCUGGAUAGUCGCCGGUCCUACGUCUCAUAAUUAUGUCACGAUGCUCUCGAGUGAUAUUCGUUGUAAUUUUACUAAAAUUACGGAUUCUAACAAUAAUGUUAGGUCUGAUUUAUCACGUUUCUGGCAAUUAGAAGAAAUAAGUUCCAAUUCGUCUCAUUAUUUACCGGAGGAAAGGUUAUGUGAGGAUCACUUUACUAAACAUACGACGCGAUUAAGUGACAGUCGCUUUUGCGUUCGCAUACCUCUAAAACAGAAUCCUUCUAUGCUAGGAGAUUCGUAUAAAAGAGCAACACACUGUUUGUUUUCUUUAGAACGUAGGUUUAGGACUAAGCCUACUUUCCGUAAGAUGUAUUGCGAUUUCAUGUCAGAGUAUAUUCAAUUAGGCCAUAUGACAGAAUUGAAAUCAUCGGAAUUAACGUCAAAUGGUUAUUAUAUUCCACACCACGGGAUAUUACGUGAAGGAAGCACCACAACUAAACUCCGUGUUGUGUUCAAUGCCAGUAGUCCUACAUCGUCCGGAAUUUCUUCAAACGAUUUGCAGAUGAUUGGACCGACAGUUCAGGAUGAUUUGUUGUCUAUCCUUCUUCGAUUCAGACAGCAUAAGUACGUUUUAGCCGCUGACGUCGAGAAAAUGUAUAGACAAGUCGUCAUCCAUCCAUCUGAUAGGUACUUGCAAAGAAUUGUUUGGCGAGCUAAUACUGACGAACCAAUUAAGGUGUACGAACUAAAUACAGUCACGUAUGGCACCGCAAGUGCACCAUUUCUAGCUACUCGUUGUCUUAAGCAGAUAGGUCUAGAGUGUAACGACAAUAACAUUGCUAAAAUUAUUCAACAUGACUUUUUUGUUGAUGACUUGUGUACCGGGAGCAUGGAUUUAGAUGAAGCACAAUUUAUUCGUAGGGAGGUCACCAAGGCGUUGGCUUUGGCUGGCAUGAGACUGAGAAAGUGGAAAUCAAAUGAAUCUCAAUUAGUACCUGAAUCGAUUGACUCUUCGCUCGAUUUAAACAUGGGAUCUGAAGAGCCUAACAAGUUAUUAGGUCUCAGUUGGUAUACCACUUCUGAUGAGCUUACAUUUCCAAUAAGCAUGAAUUUGGCUUCUAAUGUAGAUACUAAACGAGAUUUACUCUCAGUGAUUGCACGGAUUUUUGAUCCAUUAGGGCUUUUAUCUCCUUGUGUCAUUACAAUGAAAAUGUUACUACAACAAAUGUGGUUAGACAAGUCCUCAUGGGAUGAACCCCUAAACACAAAUAUUAGUUCACGUUGGAAUAUCAUCAUGAAAUCUUUGCCUUUAUUAAAUAAUUUUAGAAUUCCACGUAAUGUUAUUUGCAAUUCAUAUAAGGAACUAGAAGUACACAUAUUCACCGAUGCUUCUGAACGCGCGUACGGUGCGUGCACUUAUAUUCGAAGCAAUAAUCAUGAGGGUAAGUAUUUGGUUCGCUUAUUAAUGGCUAAAAGUAGGGUGGCGCCUCUCAAACCUACAACUAUUCCGAGGUUGGAGUUGUGUGGUGCAUUAGUAGGAGCGCGUCUGUAUGAGAAGGUUCAAGGUUCACUUCGAGCAACUAUUAGCCGGACCUAUUGCUGGACUGAUUCGACAAUUGUGUUAGGAUGGUUGCAGAUGUUGCCUUCUAGGCUUCAGCCCUUUGUACGCAAUCGCGUUGCUGAAAUUCUAGAAACGGCGGGUAACUGUACAUGGCAACAUGUUCCCACAGAUAAGAACCCAGCAGACUUAAUAUCGCGUGGAACCGAUAUUAAUAACCUGCAAAAUUCUGAUCUAUGGUGGUCAGGUCCAGACUUUCUACGGCUAGAUAGGUGUAAUUGGCCUAAUCAUUAUAAAUACCUACAGGUUGAGACUUUGCCCGAGACUCGUAAUGAUAUUUCGUUAAAUGCUAUAGUUACUGAUAACAGCAGUAGUUCAUUUAUUAAUUUUAAACGUUUUUCGAAAUACACUAGACUUGUGCGUUCCAUUGCUUAUAUGCUUCGAUUUAUUAAAUUGUGUAAGAAACUUUCAGUAAAUGAUAAAUUUCUUACAGAAUCAGAUUUACAGGAUGCAUUAAAUGUAGUGAUUUUUCAAAGUCAACGUGAAUCAUUUACUGAGCACAAAUUGAUAAUUAAUAAACUUAGUUUGCCGAAAAAGAGCGUUCUUCUUAAAUUUAAUAUUUAUUUAGAUGAUAACCAAUUAAUGCGUGUUGGAGGACGUCUCGAUAAUGCUAAUUUUAUAUAUAAUAAAAAACAUCCUAUUAUUUUACAGUCCGCUCACGAAUUUACUAAAUUAUUAUUCGAUUAUGAACAUAGACGAUUAAUGCACGCGGGCCCACAAUUAUUGCUGGCUUCAAUAAGGGAGACUUAUUGGCCUAUUGGUGGCAGAAAUUUAGCAAAGGCUUGCUUUCAUCGAUGCGUACGUUGCCGUAGAAUGAAAGGAGCUAUAGUUACUCCUUUGAUGGGAAACUUACCGCGGCAGCGGCUUCUUCCUGGUUACCCGUUCCAGAAUACAGGCGUCGAUUACGCUGGCCCGAUAAUGUGCGCUAGUCGCCUGGGUCGUGGAUGUAGGCUAGUGAAAGUGUAUAUUGCUAUAUUCAUUUGUUUUACCACCAAGGCGAUUCAUUUAGAAUUAGUAAGUGACUUAACCAGUAAUCAUUUUUUACUUGCUUUAUAUCGUUUUAUUUCGCGACGAGGAAAGCCCGCAAGUAUAUUUUCAGACAACGGUACCUCCUUUGUGGGCGCGUAUAAUGACUUAUCAAAAUUUAUUAAGUCUAAUGCAGCUUCGUUAAGCGAAUCUUUGGCUAAUGAUGGAAUUUCAUUCAAAUUUAUACCCGCGUAUAGUCCUCAUUUCGGCGGACUCUGGGAGGCUGGUGUGAAGUCAACCAAAUAUCAUUUGCAGCGAGUGUUGGGUUGUAGUAAUUUAACUUUUGUGGAACUCUACACCACGUUAACGCAGAUUGAAGCCAUAUUAAAUUCCCGUCCAUUGACACCGCUGUCUUCAGAUCCUGAUGACGACACACCGCUUACGCCAGGACAUUUUUUAAUUGGACGACCCCUCACCUCAAUACCACAGCCUAAUCUCCAGGAUCUUUCAAUGAGCCAACUAACUCGCUACCAGAGGAUUGAACAGUUGCGCCAACAUUUCUGGACAAGGUGGAGUAAGGAGUACGUAGCUGAACUCCAACAGAGGACCAAGUGGCGCGCAUGUAAGGAUGGGCUUGAGUUGGGAUCCCUAGUUGUGGUAAAGGAGGACAAUCUUCCCCCCUUAAAGUGGAGACUUGGAAGAGUUGUAGCAGUCCACCCUGGUUCGGACGGUAUUGUUCGCGUGGCAGAUAUUCGGACGUCUACUGGUGUCAUCAGAAGAGCCUUUAAUAGGAUCUGCCCAUUGCCUUUGCCAUCAUAGCUGUUAAAAGCCAAGCUUUCAACGCCCGGGGGCAUGUUUAAGCGCCUGCGACAAAUAAAAGGCAGGAAUACGCAUUGCGCCGUUGUCUAACUUGACAUUACUUAGAAUUAAGUUAUAUCUCUUUUAAUCGUCAUUCUAAAUACAGCAGUUCAACUGA